AUGUCCAGCUGUAGGACGAACAUUGUGUCUAUUCUGAAUAAUGACGAUAACCCAUCCUUUGCGGUUCGUUCCGCGCCCCGACUCAGUCGGUCUCAGACAUCACCACAUUAUCCACAUCAUUCAGAGCAACCUCUCCCGCCCAUCACCGACCCACAGCAUAUUCGUCCUCAAGCAUCAUCCGAAUCUCCAGCAACAUCACCACGAGGGACCAGGCGCCACUUGGACGCGGUGACUGAACCCGUCCCCGUUUCCCCGGGGUCGUCGGAUGGCUCGGCUUACGACUAUAUCACCAGCCAGCCAUCAGCGUAUCACCCGUAUGCUCGGCAGGAUCCGCGACGGGACCCGUACCGAUUCCCUGGCCGUGACCCAGCUCCUCGGACGCCACCAGAGACUCGCUCAAGCACAUCCGAAACGCCAUCUUCCCAGACCGGAGCGACCCGCGGCACGGGCAAAAAGAACAAGUACCCGUGUCCGUAUGCCGCAAGCCAUGGGUGCUCUGCAAUGUUUACGACUUCGGGCCAUGCGGCGCGUCACGGAAAGAAGCACACUGGCGAAAAAAGUGUGCAUUGUCCCAUCUGUAAUAAAGCCUUUACCAGGAAAGACAAUAUGAAACAGCAUAUCCGGACCCAUCGCACGCACUCCGAUGAUAUGCGCUCUACUUCGGAGCCGGAGGCUGAUGCUCGCUGGCCGAUAGGUCAUCCCGACUCGGCAUACGCUUCGACCUCCCACCAGCGCAAUAUCAGUCAACCUAUGGAGGCAGCUCCACGGCCUCUCGGGGAUGGUCCAAAGGCGCCUUAG